CAUGUUGACUCUGAAGCAAAACAAAUAAAAACAAUCAUACGAACACAUGGGUAGAGAAAAAAUAUAUUUUACGAAAAAUAUAUUAGUUAAAUGAUCCAGUGAUAUUUGAAUUUCUUUGGUUUUUUUUAUAUUACAUUCAUAAAGUAAUGAAAACAUUGACCACAAAACAGCAAGAACGUAACGAAAAGAAGAAAAAGAAAUUGGCCGCUUUAGCCAAUUUAGUGAAACUGAACGACAAGGACAGACAAGAAGAAAUAAUGGCUGAAAGGCAAGAAGAAUCCCCUGAAGAUACCACAAAACAGGACGCUGGGAACAAUGAUGACGAUGGUUUUACUAAGGUCACUCAUAAAAAAAAAUCGGGAAAGAAAAAUCGUUUUCCCAGCACCUCUGAGGAGCCCAAGACCAAGAAACAAAAGAUUAUGGAUGAUGUUCAUCCUACCGACAGUGAUGCUACUUCAGGUCAGGAGGAGGAAGAACUGAAAAAUUUAAAUUUGUCAGAGGAUCAAUAUAAACAACUUAAAAAAGAGCUGAGAGAACGUAAACGACAACUGGAAAACAUACCUAAUCUGCGACUACGGGAAUUCGGCCAACGCGCUCUUCUCUCUGUCAAAGAUGAUGAGCGUACGCCUAUAUUCCUGACAGAUUUGCAACAUUUAGUAAUGUCAGCACUCUUAGGCAAAAAGUCUCCUUGUGCUCCCGACAGAUGGUGUUUCUUCGACAAGCCGCAACAAUUGUCCCAUACGGUAGUUGUGUGUCUGGAUGGCUUGUCAUUAUAUCAUUACUUAUCAAAUGAAAGUAAAUUUGAGAAAAUAAACAAAAUUUUCGAAACCAGAUUAGAAGUGAUUAUGCCAAGCAGCAAAAAAGAUGGCGACUCAAUGGUUAUGAUUGAAGAAUUAGCUCAGGUGCCUCUAACGAAUGCCCAAGCUCACGAGCUAAUCGAAAAACACGGGUCUUUGGAGGCAGCAGUAGAAUUGAAUAAAGACCCGGCACUUCUGAUUAAAGGGAUUUUUUCCGUAGAAGACUCUCCCGUAGAUUUGGCCAAUAAUGACAUACAUCCUAAUGAUAAAUUUCCACGUACAAAAUUGCUACUUUCGGCCCUGCAAAUGGUAGAUGAAGGUUACCCAAUGCCUCUAAGAGGAGAAUUAACUAAACAAUUCAGUAAUUAUGUCAUGACCAAGGACAAGUAUGCCCCUGUUACGAAUCGUAGCCCUCUCUACGGUAUCGAUUGUGAAAUGUGUCGUACUUCUAAAGGUAUAAAUGAACUGACUCGUAUUUCCAUCGUAAAUGAAAACUGCGAGACGGUAUACGAAACCCUUGUAAGACCAACCAACAAGAUUAUUGAUUACUUGACGCAAUAUUCUGGCAUCACUGAGGAGAUCAUGUUGAAAGUAACUAAAACUCUGCAAGAUGUCCAUGAGGAAGUUAGAGCACUCUUACCUCCUGAUGCCAUUUUGGUUGGUCAAUCAUUGAAUUGUGAUUUAAAUGCCAUGCGAAUGAUGCAUCCCUACGUAAUUGAUACGAGUGUCUGCUUCAAUAUGAGCGGCGUUCGUAGGCGUAAAUCGAAAUUGCAAAAAUUGGCCAUGGCCUUCCUUAAGGAAACUAUACAGGAACAUGAAGGUGGUCACGAUUCAGUAGAAGAUUCAGUUUCAAGUUUAAAGCUGGUUAAACUUAAACUAGCCAACAGUAUGGAAUUCGGAGAUGAAAUAUUAACACAAAAGAAACGGUUGCAUGACAUAAUACGGGCUGCCAGCGGUGAUGCAAUAAAAAAUAAUUUAUUUGCUCAUGCCUCCCAGCGCGAUAAACGUACAGCUAUUAUAACUUCCAAUCCACUCCCAUCGACCGUGCAAGAACUACUAAAAAAAGCUGAACAGGCGGCACUGGACAAUUCCCAAAAAUGCUUUUUACUGCAUGAACUCUCAUCUAACAAAGAAGCUGUUCGGAAGUGCAAAGAAAUAUCGUUGGAAAACGCAUUGACCCUUUGUAACCUUCACAUAACUUCCGAUGAGUUGCGUGCAUCGUCAUUCGAUAACACAAUAGAAAGUGUUAACAAAUGGAUAUCGAAAAUUUGGAAAAGCAUGGCACACAAUGGUUUACUUUUAGUUUUAAUGGGCGGCGCUUCAGAGUGUUCAUCGGGUGUUGCUAAAAUUGCUAUUAAACGUAAUGUGGCCGAUGUUGCAGCUGAAGUGCCUUUAACUGCUGUUUAGCAAAUGUAAUUUGCGUUUCCUUGGCAAUUGACCUUUCCAUUUCCCCUGGUUGGAAAAUGCUCUACUUGUUAUGACAUACAUAUACCUAUAAACAAAUUUCAUAUUCAAACAAAUAUAUGCAUCAGAUUUCAUAAUGGAUAAUAAAAAAUAUAUAUAUUUUUUGAGUAAAAUUA